CACAGACAGAGCAGUGCAUCAUUCUAUGACGAGCCAGAACCAUUUAAUGAGGACAAUGGGAAAACAAAUCUUCAUCAAUAUUUGCAAGAUACCACUUCUUCUUCUAUUUCUGUACAUGUUCAUCUGUUCACUGGACAUCCUCAGCUCAGCCUUUCAGUUAGCUGGAGGUAAGGUUGCAGGGGACAUAUUUAAGGACAAUGCUGUCCUCUCUAACCCUGUGGCGGGACUGGUGGUGGGAAUACUGGUUACUGUCCUGGUCCAAAGUUCCAGCACUUCCACCUCCAUUGUUGUCAGUUUGGUCUCUUCUGGAUUGUUGGAUGUUGGAUCGGCCAUUCCUAUCAUCAUGGGCUCAAACAUAGGCACAUCUGUCACUAACACCAUCGUGGCUCUGAUGCAGGCAGGGGAGAGAGAGGAGUUCAAACGAGCCUUUGCGGGUGCCACAGUGCACGAUUGCUUUAACUGGCUGUCAGUGUUGGUGUUGCUGCCGCUGGAAGCCAUCACUGGCGUGAUGAGGCUCACGUCGGGGGCGGUGGUUGAAAGUUUCAACCUCGUGAGUGGAGAGAAUGGUCCAGAGCUCCUGAAAGUCAUCACAGAACCCCUCACGAAACGUAUUAUACAGCUGGAUAAGACAGUAAUCGUAGGUAUAGCAACAGGGCAAGAGGUGCUACGCAAUAAGAGCCUGAUAAAAGUCUGGUGCCAGACACGGAUCAUGAUCCAAGAAAAUUUUUCUAUAUUGUCUUCAGAAAACUCAACAGUGCAAAAUGCUGAAAAAUGCACUCAUCUUUUUGUCGAGACGGGUUUGUCUGAUCUGUCUGUGGGGUUGAUUCUGCUGGCUUCUUCUCUGCUGGUGCUCUGCACCUGCCUUCUGCUGCUGGUUAAGUUUCUCAACUCCCUUCUCCAGGGACAAGUAGCCAAAGCUAUCCAGAAAAUCAUCAACUCAGACUUUCCUUUCCCGUUCGGCUGGUUGACUGGCUACCUGGCUAUUCUGGUUGGUGCUGGCAUGACCUUUGUUGUUCAGAGCAGCUCAGUGUUCACUUCUGCCAUCACUCCUUUGAUAGGCAUUGGUGUGAUAAGUAUUGAGCGGGCCUACCCUCUGACCUUGGGCUCCAAUAUCGGAACAACCACUACAGCCAUCUUAGCCGCAUUAGCUAGCCCAGGAGACAAGCUCGCUGCGGCCUUUCAGGUUGCUCUAUGUCAUUUCAUCUUCAAUGUUCUGGGCAUAUUACUUUGGUACCCAGUUCCUCUAAGCCGUCUCCCCAUCCGCAUGGCACGAUUUUUAGGUGAGCGGACCGCAAAAUACCGGUGGUUUGCUGUGCUGUACCUGAUUCUUUGCUUCCUCCUUCUGCCAUCCAUUGUGUUUGCACUCUCAAUGGCUGGAUGGAAGGUUGUGGUGGGUAUCUGUGUUCCAUGUGUUGCUGUCCUCCUCUGCAUUGUUGUUGUGAAUAGACUGCAAUUACAAAACCCUCACCUUCUGCCUUGGUGGCUGCAAACCUGGGACCACCUGCCUCUCUGGAUGCACUCACUCAAACCAAUGGAUAAAAUCAUCACAAGAGUCACAUUGUGCUGCAGGAAAACCCGAAACAAUGAUCAGAGCCACACGUCUCUUGAGGAUCUUCCACAGCUGACAGAAUGUGAAGCUGAGAAAAAUCUUGCACCUUUAUCACAAAAUGGUCCAUCUUUCAUUUAUGGUUAUGAGACAGAGACUGGGGCUGUUUUUGACUCACUAAAUGGCAAAAGCAGUAGGCUGUAGACAAUAUAUGUGACCCUGGACCACAAAACCAGUUUUAAAGGGUUAGUUCAUCCAAAACCAAAAAUUAAGGUGUGUUUUACUCACCGACGAGGUAUCCAAGGUGUAUAUAACUUUCUUCUUUUAGACGAAUCCAGUCAGAUUUGAAUCACAAAUUGUCUUUGAUGUUUCAAGCUCUAUCAUUACAGUUGGCGGGUGUUGCAUUUCUUCAGUCCAAAAGAAUUUAAAUAAAAAUCGCCCAUCCAUUAAAAAAAGUCUCAGCCACCCUAAUACGUCGUCCACCUGCAACUGCUUCCGUUUACAACAGUGAGCACAAACUAGAUUAUUACAUUUUUAAUAUGGAUUUUUUUUCGGACUGAAGCAAUGCAACACCCGCUGACUGCAAUGAUAGACCUUGAAAAAUCAAAGACAAUUUUUACUAUAACUCCUACUGGAUUCAUCUGAAAGAUUAAAGUUAUAUACACCUAGGAUGCAUCGGGGUGAGUGAAAAGCAGCCUAAUUUAAUUUUUUUGUUGAAAUAGCAAUAGCUAAAUAAAAUAAAAAAUAAAAUAAAUAAAUAAAUAAAUAUAUGUAUAUCAUUAGGAUCAUUAGGAUAUUAAGGCCCAAUCCCAAUUAUACCCCUAAGCCCUUCCCCUUUCCCCUAACCCACCAUUUCGUGCUCCAACCAAAAGAGAAUCGAGACACCACUACCCCUUCAUGUGAACGCGCGAAAUGGAGGGGUAGGGGUGUCUCGAUUCUCUUUUGGUUGGAGGGGUAGGGGUAAGGGGAAGGUCCAGAUAUCCUUUCAAACAAAGAUUUUUCAGGACCACACUUCAAACAAAGGGUUAUGAAUUAUCUCGGCAACAUGGCUGCUACAGCGCACAAAAAGACAAAUAAAUGUAAGCUUUUUUGGCAUAAAUAAAGAUUUAAAUGAAAAGUAAUCAUUUGUUUUAUGUUACAUUCAAUUGUGAGUUUAUAUCAAUGGUCAUGUUACUCAAAGAAAUGUUUGUAAAAAAUUGCAAUAUAGACUGCAUAUGUCUGAUCAGGGCGAUAACUGCCGUGGACAUUGAUGGGGGUUAAUCCCCCUAAUAAUUAGAAAUCGCUAAACCAUUUUCUCAAAUAUUGCCGAUUCGAGAGAGAGAGAGAGAGAGAGAGAGAGAGAGAAAUGGAAGUUGCAUGUAUUCACAUCUGUGCGUUUAUCUUUUUAGAGUGAGUUUACUUAAAAACAGGGAUUGUAUCCUCUCGUUGCUGGAAAAUAUAAUAUAGCGAUUCAGUAUUUAAACUGUAUUUAAUAAAACUCGUGGGGCAGCGGUGACAAGUUUAUUUUAUCCUGGAUGUUGAGCUGCGCGAUGUCAAAUAUGGGUGUGUGUGUUAGUAAGCAGGGCAUUAAUAUAGAACGAUAGUUAAAGGCUCUAAUGCACACCAGCACACCAGUAUAUGUGUGUUAGGUUUGUUGUAAGAGCCAGAAGACGAAUGAUGACGUGAUGGCAUAGUAGUGAUGUCCCAAUCCUUAGGGGAAUAUUUUCUCCCCUACCCCUUGACACUCGGUUUCAAGAGACAAGGGGAAGGGGUAGGCGGAGAGGAAGGGGAAGGGGUAUAAAAUAGAAUUUUGAUUUGGCCUAAGUAAAGAUCAUGUUCCAUGAAGAUAUUUUGUACAUUUCCCUGCCAUAAAUAAAUCAAAACCUAAUUUUUGGAUUAGUAAUAUGCAAUAUUAUUAAUUAGUAAUAACUUCACUUUCUCAGUAUUUUAAAUUAUUUGCAGCCUCAGAUUCCAGAUCUUCAAAUAUUUUUUUAUCUCGGCCAAAUAUUGUAGCCUGGUAAUACCAGACUCUGCUACUUCACUUUGCUUCGUAGACAGAGUCUGGAAUGGCAUAAUAGAGAAGUGUUUUCUCUCUCGCUAGAGGGUGCUUGUCUGAAGUUUAAAAUCAUUGGUUACCCAUAAGCCAAUCAGAUACGUUUAGUUAUGACGUAUGUUAUGCGCCUGUACAGCCGCAUCGAAGCACAGACAUCAUGCAUCGAACUCAAAUCUAUGAUUGAACUUCCAGUGUAAACCUGUUGUUAAACACUCUUCUUGUUCUGGCUUCAGUUUGAAAAAGAGUUGAAUGUUCUCCAUAACAGAGCGAAUGGCAUCCCGUGUCUCGUUUCCCAUUUCCGCAGUCGUUUUGGUUUUCGAUUUCUCUAACCUACAAUUUAAAACUCGGUGCUUAGCAUCUAGUUCACGGCUCUCAGCUUGCCCUCUGUUCGUUGAUUGGCCCGGCUGUUUUCAGACCGGUGGCAAACAGAAAGCUCUGAAGCUGUAUCAGACUGAGUACAGAAGCUAAAUGAAAUUGAGCGGAAGUAGGAAGUCUGACGUAGUCAGGCUACAAAUAUUGUCCUAUCCUAACAAACAUCAAAAGAAAGCUUAUUUUUUCAGCUUUCAGAUGAUGUAUAAAUCUCAAUUUCAAGAAAUUAACCCUUAUGACUGGUUUUGUUGGCCAGGGUCACAUUUGUGGUCUAAUAAAUGCCCUCUUGAUCCUUAUAAUGGUUUAUAUUUCAUAUUGUGAUUAAACAGGUAUGCUCUCUUCACUUUCUGUGAAUUUGAGCGCUAGACUACAAAGCUACUGAAAUUCAGUAAUACAAUGGGGUAUAUAUUUGGACAUUUUUUUUUCUUUGGUCAGUGAGAGGAAGGGCUUCAGCUUAAGAAAAAAAGAGAUCAUCAGCCUGGAUGUAUUAUAUAAGCUGUUGUAUAAGUUUAUAAGUUUGCAAUUUUUUUUCAACCUUCUGAUGAUGUCUAAGGAGUUAAACAUCAUGGUCUCUGUGAUGUUUUUUAAUUAAUUAAUUUCAAUGUCAAUGUUAACCCAUAAUCUCCAAGCCAAAAUGUUGACAUGUUGGCAGAUAGACAUUUGAUUUGAUAACUACUAUUUAAAGCUACUUCCCACGCUAGGUUCAUAUUAUGCUGCCAAAUAUUUGAAAUAAAAAGUAUAUAAUAAUUCUCAUAACAAAAAAUGUAUAAUGUGUCAUAACACAAAAGUAAUGGGACAACAGAAUAGCUUAUUCUCACAAGUGCCUCAUUGCUAAACAUUGCUGAAAUAAUGGUCUGUCAUAAAUUCAUAAAGGGUUGUUUUUCAGUCAAGCUCAGUCCAUUUUAAAAUGUCCUCAGUCCUCAGAAGCAAUGCAUAGCUUUAUAUGCAUAGUCAAGCAUAUAAAGGGCUGACUAAUUAAAACACACUUUUAAAAAUGGGAAGGGUCAUUGUUACAUGAAAUCAAACUAAAAAAAGUGAUGCAUGUGCACAUACAAAAUCUGAAUUUGACCUGCCUAAUAAUUUUUAUGUAAAGAAUAUAUAUAU